UAUAUACAGAAGAAUUGAAGUUAACUAAUCCUAAUAGUACAGCAGAAUUCAUUGAAGCUAACUUCCCAAAAUGGUUGAAAACAUAUAUAUGUCUCCAGGAGCAAGUCGAGGUGGGAAAAGAAAGACAGCUACAAUGCGUCAAACCCAAACAACAAGGAUGAGAAGAAGUUCGCAUCAGACUGCUGCUGCAACUGAAACCACGGAGGAGCUACAGAGUUCCGAGCUCCCAAGAGAAAUUCCAACAGUGACUGAGACUGGUUCUGAUGGAUCAAACAACAUGGAUGCAACGGCAGCUGAUGUCAAUGAACUAAGUAAGCUGUGAUCAACAAUAUAUGUGUUUUGUGAUGAUGAAUUUACUGGU